AGCUAGAAGGAAUUAUCAACAUGUUUGGGUACUAUCAAAAAUUCCUGUCCUGGCUAAAUAGGCUGAAUUGGUCCGAAUAGUUAAUUGCUUAAUUGUGUCUUGCAGAAAACGUUCCACUACGAUUCAUCUUACUGGACCGACCUGAAAUCAUAUGGAAUCCCUGAAGGGAAAACUGGUUUGGACGAGAUGGAGACCAAGCUACCAUCCUACUGGGCCACACCCUUUACCAAGAUCUGCCUUGGGAUAAAGAUUGGGGUAGAAAACAGAUUCUAUCUUUUGGACAAGGAGGCUAGCUCGCUCUACUCCCUGAUUCAGGAUGGUAAAUACCGUCCCACCAAUCUGGGUCGCGACGAAUGGAAGAAACUGAUCGGUUCUCAAGCCUCCCUGCAGCAAAACUGCGAAAGAGAAGGUUUCAAUGUUCUGAGUGACAAUGCCGGUUCAUCCAAGGCACGGAUAGGCAUUGUGGGCAACAAUGAAAAUGAUUGCAUCUCCAGCGACUCCAGAAUCGGGUUUGGUACUGGAGGAUAUCCAGACGACACCAACACGUGUGGGAACGUGGCUCAGCACGGAGGAGAUAGUGGAGACGAAUUCAUCAAGGCCAUUGGAUACAUCUUCGUUCAGUGAACAAAACUGAACUGUUCACAUCAGAAAAUAAGAGGGGCAAAGCUUAACAUCAAAUGAUGUUCAAAGUUAAGGUUCCAAAACCAUAACUUGUAUAAAAAUGGCAACUAGAAUAGGGGUUACUGCAUCGCUGGUAUGUAUCAAAUAAAAUGGGUUAAAAGAAUCCAGUAUCACGUUUCCUUUGAUCUUGUGCUUCACACGAACCCUUUCUUUUGACAGAGCUAGAAUUGGACUUAGUAUCGUUAUUUGGGAACGGACGGAAGUGAAAUCCACCAAAGUGUGAUUUUGAAAAAAAACAUUCCAAAAAUUUUAUUCGACACAUGCUAAUAAUUUUUUUUCGCUCAUUCCACACACAUUUUAGUAAAAUAUUGAUCUAACAGUGCCUAAGAAUUGACUUGGAUCACUGACACUUUCUUCAAGAAAGUUCUCAA